AUGGCCGACAACUCUCUGACCCCGCCUUGUCUCGUUGAUGAAGAGGCUGUCUCCAACGCCAUCCCUGUCGAGAUCCCCUCAAGCGACACUGUCGAUGAUCUCAAGAUGCCCACCAAGACUGAGAAGACUAGCGACUUUAGUGAUGUCGAUGCAGACAGACUCGUCUCCAUUCCUCACGACGACGACAACGACGAUGAACAACCCAUCCUGUUGGACAAGAUUUCUGAGGAAACGAAGCUCAAUGCAACCACCGAUCUCUCUAAAGCCGUUGACACUGAGUUGCCCGAGGACACAAUUCACAGUUCCGUCCAGCGCCCUACUCCAGCUUCACCCACACGGCCGAUAUCUGUUAGGGCCAGUGACAUCGAGAAGGAGGUGGCAGGCAUCCUCGAAUCCUUCAGUUGUCGCCAUGUCACCCAUGUUGUCGAUCCAAAGGACAUUGAAACCGCCCAGAGGGAAAGACUAGGACCUUUUUACAAGAGAACCUUGUCAUAUCACGAUUCAGCGACAGACACAAGCCUGGUGAUGUUGGGACUGGCUCUGGGCAAGCAAGCCAAGACGGGGUAUGACAAGACUCUUCAAUAUUUUGUCGAGGAAGACUUUGGCUUGUGCGAUAGUCACAGCGUAGUCGCUAUGGUUGCCCCUCCUGGCUCAGGAAAGACUGCUACUGUCAUUGAUCUGGCAGCCAAGCAUUUUGUCGUCUACUUUGCCUGUUGUUCUGCGGGUGCCACUGACUCUCCUGACUUCAAGGAUCCAAACUUUGUCACGCUGGCCAAAGAUGUCGAGCGUAUAUACACGGACAGGACCGACAGGGAACCGAUGACAUUGCACGAAUUGUUGGAUCUCGAUUCUAAUGUGAAGGCACUCGUAGGAGAGCGCGUUGAGCUCGAGAUCCUUGCACGAUUGCUUUUUCUGCAGCUGCUUCUCACCAACAAUCCUGGUCUGGAACCAAUUCAGUUUUUCCGUGAGCAGAUUACCGGAGGAGCCUCAACUAUCGGCGAGCUGGUCGACAGGCUUCGGGAGUACGACAACAACACGAUUCAAGAUAUGCUCAAUGAGGUCCAAACCAAAGUUAACUCGCUUCUUGGUAUUAAAGGAGUCUGCCUAGUAAUUGCUUUAGAUGAAGCUCAGGUUGCAGAGAAUGGGAUCUUGGCCGACAAGCUCGUCUCGCCAUACGCUGUGGCCGCAAGGAGAGAUAGCCUUUUCGACGGCAACAAUCAAAUCAGGUCUCAGCUCCGCCGCGGCUUUCUCACGCCUUUGUCCGCAGCGUUGAACAACAUACAAGCAACACUAGUGACUCUUGGCACAACACUCUCGCUGAAAGAUACCGAUCAUGUGUACACCGAUGUUGGCAAGGAAACCUACUUUAAAAAAAUAAUGGACUUCCCUCGCUUCGAUCCAGAUGAUGUCGACAGAAUUCUCUCGGAUCUGGUCGACAUGUCCGACUGUGAAAUCUCACCUGCCAAACGCCACAAGCUAACAGGACGAGCCCAAUUUUCCGUUGGUGUCGUCGACCGGCUCCUCGCAACCGGCUCUAUCCAGGCCUCCAAGCAAGAUAUUCUGGAUAACGCCAUUGGCGGCACAAUUGAGCAUGUGAUGGGUGUACUUCGGAAAGGGGUACGCACUAUUCUCGAGAGCGACAACACAGGCGAGGAUGCGCGGCUUCUUAGUCGAAUGGUCUUGGCAUAUCAUCUCCAAGGUGACAAAAUUUCGUUUCCGAGCCGACGCCAGUCCAGCUUUGUGGAAAUGGGCUUGUGUAAGCUUCUGCCACAUCGCAAUGGCGACAUUCACUUGGUGAUGGACGAGCCAAUUGUGGUUGAUGCGGUAGAGGAGGAACUUAAGGCUUCUCACGAGGAUUCUGCAUUCUCAGAGUACCUAAGUCUACUCUACCAGAGUGUCGCCGACUUUGGCGUGGCUUCAACGUCAAAGGAAGAUACUCUGGAACUACUUGUCCGUCGAUCAUUUCAACGAUUCAACGGCUACCGUUUGGUUGAUCUUCCAUUCCUUCGAGGUGUCACAUUACCCGCCUGGUGCUAUACUCUCCAGUUUCAAAUUGACAGUAUUAACACAGCCAAAGGAUUUGGAUACACCGCCAUUGGAGUUCGCGCCGAUCUCGCCUUCCUCACCGAACGUCCUCCAAACAAGAUGCUCAUUGCUUGCUCAGGCGCAUGUCCGCAUGGAUCCUGGUUUUUCUCUAACAGAAGGUACGCCGGCUCUCUUGCAAUCCAGUUCUACAGCAGCCGUCUGGCAGGUCGCGUCAACGAGUCCAUUGAAUAUUCCAGUGAUAUUCGACGUUCCUUCUCGCCGUAUUGCGGCUACUCGAGCCGAUCCUUGAAAGACGGCCCAUCCUUAAAAGACAUUCGAAGCGACUUUGAGGAUUCUCGUACUCCAUCUGACCUCAAGGGGAUCCUCCGCAUCCAUGUCGUAUUCCCUAACGCCGAGAGUCGUACGCCAGCUACCCACGCCUGGAGAGAACAUGUGACUGGGAUCGAGGAUGUGAUGGUGUACAUCAACCUUUUGAACAUGGACGAUUUGUUCUAUGAGGGGAUCUCAGAGCAAAAGGAAGACAUGGCCCUUCUGAAAAAGAUGAUCAGAUUUGUCUGCCAGGAAUAA